GCUUUUGUUAUGAGCUAUGGCGACAGCUACAUCCGCCGGGAAAGGUUCAGAAAGCUAUUCGUUAAUGGGUCUGUUGAGCGAGUUCAAGACCGUGAAAGCUGGUUCAGCUCGGAGACCGAGAGUUCUAUAUCUGGUUUCUUCCCUUCUGGAGAGAAGCAUUGGGAAGAGCAAAAAGAAAUUGUUGGAGCUGUUGGGACCGAGACGUCGGGAAUUAGAAGAUGGAGUAACGAUUUUUGACAGGACAAGAGCGCCGUCCCUGAGCAUCGGACAGUAUCUAGAUCGAAUUUUCAGGUACUCGAGUUGCAGUAAUUCUUGCUUUAUUGUGGCUUUGAUAUACAUGGAUCGAUUUCUCCAGAGGACUGGUGCUUUUCUUACUUCCCUCAAUGUUCAUCGCCUUGUGAUCACUAGCGUCAUGGUCGCUGCGAAGUUCAUGGACGACGAGUGCUAUAGCAAUGCUUAUUAUGCUAAGGUUGGAGGUGUAAGCACAGCAGAAAUAAACAACUUGGAGAUAAAGUUCCUCUCCACUUUGGAUUUUAGACUCCAUGUGACCACAGAAGUCUUCGAUAACUACUGUAUCCAGCUACGAAAGGAAGGAACCGCGGCUAGCAAUAACCAAACUGACCGAGCCCCUUGAGGUCCGUGGCUCAGCCGAAACAAAUAAACAAGGAAAAUUAUGUGCUUCUGAAUCGGUUUUCUAAAAUUUUCAUGUAAGCAAGCACUUAAACAAUGUGUAACUUUAUCUAAUUACCGCGAAAGCUAAGUGAUUACUAUAUAAAACUUGGCGUAAUAAUGAGACCCGAACAAACAAAGAUAAGGUGAACAAGCAACUUGUAAACCAUAUCCAGAUAAAAAGUGUUAACAAACUUCUAAACUGGAAC